AUGGUUGAGAUUCACGAGGAAAGUACUACUCGUUACAAUGGUUCUUCUCCACCGUCGGGUAGUUCACCUUCUGGCGAUAGUUCGUCAGCGACGAACUCUCAUUGGCGAGGACAGUCAACGUUAGCAGAUUUCUUGAAGUCCCGUCAAACAGAUGCUAUCCUUUUCUUGACAAGAAUUGUUACCGUUCUGUGUACGUUAUAUUUUAUUUUACCGUUCGGUGCGCGAAGUUCUCAGUACUCAGCAUAUUCGAAAGCCUUUGCAGCGGCUGCUGCAACGAAUGCUCUUCGCGUACAUCAGCGUGUUGGAGGACUACGUCUCACUCGGGAAUUCUUGUCUGUAGUACUUAUGGAAGAUUCGUGUCAUUAUCUUAUUUACUGCGUCUUAUUCAUCACUUCAACUCCAGUUACUAUGGCACUUAUGCCAAUAUUUUUGUAUGGAUUGUUGCACGUCAUCAAUUUUGCCACUCAAAUAUGUUACGCAAUAGGGAAAGCAACAAAUAUGGCUGACAAAGUGUCUGAGUUAACACGGCAACAUACUCAAAAUCUUUUGGGAAUUAUUGCAUGUUCUGAAAUCUUCUUAAUGCCAAUGCUUGUCGCCAUGGUAUUCGUGGGUAAGGCUUCUUUCUUUCUACCCUUCAUAUAUUACCGGUUUAUAACGCUGCGUUAUGUGUCUCGCAGGAACCAUUCAACAAAAUUGGUUUUCUACCAGCUUCGUGUUUCCGUUGAGCAAGCUGUGUCGAAUCCUAAUUGUCCACAGAUGAUCCGUAAUGCAGUACAUUCCAUUAUCAAUCUCACUUGUCGACUAUGUCCUACAACAGUCCAGUAA